GCACAGUCACCAAAGGGAGAAAAAAACUUAACGGUUUGGUUUGAUUUUCAGCUCCUGUGCGACAUAGCAGCAGCCAUGGGAAGAGAAUGUUUAUUAUCAAGGCAACAAAGUUUUAUGAUACUCGAUUUCUGAACUUGUUGAAAUUCUAUGUAUUUCUGACGGGAAUACCGGUGGCACUGUUCAUAACGUAUGUCAACAUCUUCAUAGGUGAAGCUGAACUUGCAGAGAUUCCCGAAGGUUAUGUUCCAGAGUACUGGGAAUACUACAAACACCCUAUCAGUCGCUGGAUAGCUCGUUACGUCCUUGACCCCCCUGAAAAGGACUAUGAGAAAACUAUGGCUGUGAUUCAUACCGAAGCCAAGAAAACAGAACUGAGGCUGAUGGAGUUGGAGGCGCGCAGGCUGAUGAGACACAGAGGAGAUGGACCGUGGUUUCACUAUGAGACACCUGACAAAAAUCUUGUUGACAAUUCCAUGAAAUCCACACCUGACAAUUAAACAAUUUUA